CUUCACUGAAUACAGCUUUUUACUACUCUCUACCCACUGCACUACAAAUCAAUCCACUCAAUAGAAAUCACAUCUACCAACAUGUCUCAAUCCAACGUCGGCAACGCUCAGGUCUACGAAGCUGGUGACCAGCGCAACCCCCCUAAGUCCGAGCUCAACAAGGCCACUCCCUACGAGGAGGGCAAGGAGAAUUCUCACCAGGCCACUGAUUCCAAGGAUGAGCGCUCCAUUGCCAACCGCCUCGCUGCCGAGGAGCGAAAGAAGGACGGCGACGACGACACCCCCGAAGUCAAGGCACUGAAGGAGGAUCCUACCGCACCCGCCAGGCUGCACGGCAACGAGCCUUCGAAGGGCGCCAAGAUCGAUGCCGAGAUCCAGGCAGAGGAGGAGGAGUACCUCAAGCGCAAGGGCAAGGCCUAAAUGUUUUCUUGUACUCACAACGUGACUGUCAACGAUUUUGACGAUACCAUGGGUUGGCGUUUGGGAAUAGCAUAUAUUGUAGAAACCGGAUUUAGCUCCGAGUUGGUUCAUGCUAGAUCAAUGAGCAAAAAGUUCAAUGC